AUGCCGCCCAAGCGACGUUCCGGACCCUCCACCGACCCCAUCCCACCCAAACCGCGCCAAUCUAGGCUCGCAAAAGAACACAACGUCACCGCGCAAGAGGAGAGCGAGAUCAAAGAAGCCUUCAGCCUCUUCGCCGAGCCCAUGGAAGGCGAGCGAGAGGGCGUGAUACCCACCAGCGAUGUGCGCUCCGCCAUGAUAGCCCUCGGCAUCCCCCCAAAAGACGGCCCCGAACUCUCCGAAUUCAUCUCCAUCCUCGACCCCGACUCCGAAGGCUACGCAACCUACGAGCCCUUCUUCGCCAUCUGCGCCCUCAAGUUCCACGCCCGCGACCACGACUCCGACGCCCACGCCCGCGAGCUCGACGAGGCCUACCGCCUCUUCACACACGGGUCCUCUUCCUCCUCGGGCCCCAUCACCGUGGCACACCUGCGCAGGGUCGCCGCGCUGCUCAAGGAGGACGUCGGCGAGGAUUUGUUGCGGGAUAUGAUUUUGGAGGCGAAUGGUGGGGAGGGCGUUGCGGCUGGGGUGAGGAAGGAGGAGUUUGAUGAGGUUAUGAGGAGGGCGGGGGUUUGGAGGUGA